AUGAGAAGGUUCGGCUCUCCUGAGCACUUCACUCAUAUGGUACGCCAGCUCCAAGACGGGAUGAUGGCGCGCGUCAUGGACGACGGAAUGGUUUCCGAAGCCUUUGAGGUGAUCAAUGGAUCUCCUGUUCUCUGCCAUGCUGACGGACGCCUAUUGGAUGAGCAUUCCGGGAUCCCCAUCAACUACAGAACGGACGGAUACCUUCUUAACAUUCAACGCAUGCAGACCCCCACGAGCGUCUCCGCGACCACCGUUCAUAAUCUGCUCAUGCUAUCCCACGACACUCAAAUCAACGACGAGGUUGCUCGCCGGAUCUCCAAAGCCAACCAAGCCUUCAACCGGCUUCAAGCCUCUGUAUGGGAUCGUCACGGUCUCCAACUGUCAAGGAAACUGAAGAUAUACUAG